AUGGAUAUCUGGGCGUUUGGACUACUGUUCGUGCACAUGCACUACGGCUCUCACUUCAACCUAUGCGUACCCCAGGGCCAAAAAGCUGAGGAGGAUAGGGAAAACCUGCCCUUGCAUGUUCUUCUGCGACAAUUAUACUGGUUCGGGCCGUUUCCAAACAAGACCGUCGAGAUAGCUGAUGAAGAGAUUACUAAGACGCUAGCGUCUCUGAAGAGGAACAAUCUACCAGCGCAGCAGGGAAUGUUCAAGGUCAUCUCAGAGUUGGAGCUGUCAAGGAAGGAUAACGAAUUUGUCCGUAGAAUAAUGAAGAUGGACUGGAGGGACAGACCGAGUGCGAGAGACUUGUUGGAAGAUGAAUGGUGGGAAGACGAAUGGUGGGAAGACGAAUGGUGGGAAGACGAAUGA